AUGACAACAGCUUACGCAUCCGCCAACAAUACUGCCGACGUUGAGACUCUCCAUAAGAUUGGCAAUGCUGCUGAGGUUGCCAAUGAGACUCGAACCUUCACCAAAGAACGUGUGGCCGAACUCCAAGAGGGUGUCGACGAGGGUAACAUGUCUUUGCGCUUGUUGUCUUCGAUUGGGGCAUUGAUGCUAAUUGUUGUCAGCGUUUUGACAUCUUUUGCUGAUCUGUUGAUGAUCAACGGAGGAUCCUUCCUCUUUGGAUGUUACGGAUUCAUUUUGGGAUUUGUCAUUCUUAUCUUGGAGUAUGGAAAGCGUGUUCCAGCUUUUGGAAAUAUGGAAUCUAAGUUGUACAAGAAUAUGGGCUGCCUCAAGACUGUCUGGGGGCGUGGUUGCCUCUUGUUCUUUGCAGGAACCGUCGAAUUCGCCCAGAACGAUUUCAUCAACUACGCUGUCGGUAUCUACCUUUGCAGUGUUGGAGUUCUAUUCAUCUUGGUUGGACGCAGUGCCGCUCGCAAGACAGCCACUGCCCGAAGAAACUUGUACACCAGCGAACAAUUAGAGAAAAUGUUUGUUGGAGUCGAUCAAGAUGGUGGUGGUUUCAUCACCAAGAGCCAAUUCGGCGAUUUGACCGUCGAACUGGACAUGGAUCUUACUCGAAGAGAAAUCGAGAUUGCCUUCCGACAAAUCGAUGUCCAAAACGAAAGUCGUAUCGACUUUUCCGCCUUUAUGAGAUGGUGGAAUGAUGAAGCCACUGAAAAGUUGGACAGCUUUAUCCCACCCUCUGAUAUGGCAUAA